CUCCGCUGACCCUGCGGUCCGUCCUGUCUCCCCCGCACUUUCUGCCUGGCCCUGAGCUGGCCGGCCUGCUCCCCGCGCGCGGCCAGCAUGGUGAACCUAGGCCUGUCCAGGGUGGACGACGCCGUGGCCGCCAAGCACCCAGGACUCGGGGAGUAUGCAGCGUGCCAGUCGAACGCCUUCAUGAAGGGCGUUGUCACCUUUGUCACAGGCACUGGUGCAGCCUUCGGCCUGCAGAUGCUGAUACACAGGAAGUUUCCAUACCCCUUGCAGUGGACCGUGCUGGUGGCUGUGGUCACAGGCUCGGUGGCCAGCUACGGGGUGACACGAGUGGAGACCCAGAAGUGCAGCAAUCUCUGGCUCUUCCUGGAGACAGGGCGGCUCCCCAAAGAUGCAGGCUCAGAUCAGCACAGCUAGGAGAGACCCAGCGGGGGUGCAGAAGAUCUGGAGAGAGAGUCUGAGAACACAGCCCUCAGCGCCUCCUCCUGCCCCAGCAUGGUCUUCCCUACCUCGCACAGGCCCUCACCGUGCCCUAUGGGUCCCCCCAGUGUCCCCUGCACACUCGCAUGGCCAGGUCCCACACACCUGUGAAGACUCCUGUGACUCAAGCCCGGUCCCUGCACAGGACAUCAGACCAGAAAGGGCUGUCCCUGGGGUGGUGUUGGCCUCCAGAAACAUGGUCGACAUCGUGAACCAAGACUUCUGUAGCCUGUGGUGCUUCUAGGGGGCAGCAGCUCUAGGGAGCAGUGAGGGAGCCUUCUGUACUCUCUUGGUGCUUCUGGCACCCCCUUCUGGUCUCUGCAUCCCCAGCAAGUCAGAGGUGACAGCUGAUGCUGGUAGCCACAGGGCCAAUAAACAGCUUCCCCUUUUUCCAACCUGAGCUCUAAACCAACUGAGAAACAAGUCAGGGGAGUAAGAUGAGGGAUGAAAACCUCACCUUUGUUACCAACAUAGCUGAUAUUGGAGAGUGUCUGUCUUUGGCAUCUAAUGCUGCUAUAACAAAUACCACAAGUGGAUGGCUUUAACAAAGAGAAAUGUAUUCUCUCAUAGCCU